CGCGUCCAUUCAGGAACUCCACAGGACCACCUCCAGCUCCAGGCUCCAAGCCGCCGCAGCAGCAGCCAGCGGCACCACCACCCCACCCGCCGGGGCCGCCCAUACCAUUUGCAAAGCCCGCUGCGACUGCGGCGCCAAUGGCCGACCGCGUCUACCCGGCCGCCAAGCCCAACCCGCCCCCGGCGGCCGCGGCCGCCAACGGCGGCGCACCGGCGUCGUUCCCGGCGCCCAAAUCGCAGACGUACCAGCGGCCCAUCUACCGGCCGCAGGCCCCCGCGAAGCGCCGGCGGUCCUGCCGGUGCAGCCUCUGCUGCUGCUUCUGCUGGGCGCUGCUGGCGGUGAUCCUCCUGGCGCUCGCCGCCGCCGCGGCGGGCGGCGCCUUCUACCUCCUGUACCGCCCGCAGCGCCCGUCCUUUACCGUCUCCUCUGUGCGCCUGGCGUCGCUGAACCUCACCUCCUCCGCCACCGCGCCGGUGCUCACCGACGCCAUCACGCUGACCGUCACCGCCCGCAACCCCAACAAGAAGAUCGCCUACCUCUACGGCGACUUCACCCUGUCGGCGGCCACGUCCGCCAACGCGCUCCCGCUGGGCAGCGCGACGGUGCCCGGGUUCGCGCACGCGGCCGGCAACACCACGGUGCUGACCGCCACCAUCGCCUCCAGCGCGGCGGCGGUGGACCCGAGCGCGAGCGGCGACGUGAAGAAGUCGGGCGGGUUCGGCGUGGUCCUGGACGCGGACACGAGCGCGGGCGCCCGCGUGGGCGGCCUGAGGACGAAGAAGAUCGGCAUCCAGGUGCACUGCGAGGGCAUCAAGGUGACCCCGCCGCCCCCGCCCCCGCCGGCGCCCAGGAAGGCCAAGGGCGGGAAGAACGGCACCGUCGCGCUCGCGCCGGCGCCGGCCCCGUCCGACGCCGACACGACGACGGCGACGGCGACGGCGACGGCGAGCACGGCGGCGCACCCGUGCAAGGUCAGGGUCCGCGUCAAGAUCUGGAAGUGGACUUUCUAGGUGCGGAGGCGCGUUACGAUUAGGAGCUGGGCUGGAAGAUUUUCCAGUAAAGUUUUUUUUCGCUUUGAUAUACUACUACGCACUAUAAUUUAUUUACAUGAUUAUUAUGUUGGAGCAGACGAGUAGGAAGCCAUUACCCAUCCAUGCGGUGUAAAUUCCCCAUUUUCCUUUUCUUUUCUCCCUCUCGAUGGAAACAAUUUUUCUUGGUGUCAUUGAAAUUAGUGGGUGUAUAAUUGGUGAGAUCUUAUAUUGUACACUGUAUAAUUCGAAUGGAUUUAUUUUAAGCUUGCAA